UUUAGUAUCACAUGGUCACAAAGAGCAUUGUUUUUUAAAACGUGGUCUUCAUUUAAACAGAUUUGUUUAGAUAUUAUUUUUUGUUAAUUGUUGAUUAUCUCGUAAUUUCUUAAUUAGCUUGUGUCAAAAUGGGUAAAGCUAAAGUUGGAAAGCAGCGUAAAGAUAGGUUUUACCAGUUAGCUAAGGAAACCGGUUACCGAUCAAGAGCUGCAUUUAAAUUGAUUCAAUUGAACAGAAAAUUUGAAUUCUUACAAAGUUCAAAGGUUUUAAUUGAUCUUUGUUCUGCUCCCGGAGGAUGGCUUCAAGUUGCUCAAAAGUUUAUGCCUGUUUCCAGCGUCAUUAUUGGUAUUGAUUUGGUUCCAAUAAAACCAAUUCCAAAUUGUUUAACAUUUGCUUGUGAUAUAACUACACCACAGUGUCGCUCUUUAAUUAAGAAAGAACUGAAAACUUGGAAAGCUGAUGUCAUAUUAAACGAUGGUGCUCCAAAUGUUGGUAAAAGUUGGACCCAUGAUGCUUUCGCUCAAAUUCGUUUAACUUUGAGUGCAGUUCAAUUAGCAACAGAGUUUUUGAUGAAAGGUGGAUGGUUUAUUACCAAAAUUUUUCGAUCCAGAGAUUACAAUGCACUCAUGUGGUUAUUAGGAAAAUUGUUCAGAAAAGUUCAUGCUACUAAACCACAAGCUUCUCGUCAUGAGUCCGCUGAGAUUUUCGUUGUCUGUGAAAAAUAUCUUGCACCUGAUAAAAUUGAUCCAAAAUUUUUCGACCCAGGAUUUUUAUUUGAAGAAAUUCCAGAUCAAAAUGAUGAGAAGAAAAAGAAAGCAGAAUUAUUAAAACCUGUAUCUAAACAGAAGAAAGCUAAAGCUGAAGGAUAUAAAGAAGGAGAUACUUUAUAUCACAAAUUAAAUGCUUCUGAAUUCAUUUCCAAAACCAAUCACAUCGAACUUCUAAGCGAUUCCAAUGAGAUGGUUUUAGAUACUGAAGCUAUUGCGAAUCAUGCAUCUACUACAGAUGAAAUAAAGGAGUUAAUAAAAGACUUGAAAGUUCUUGGACGGAAAGAAAUUUUGCAACUGAUCGCAUGGAGGCGAAAAAUCAGAGCUGAGCUCUACCCUAAAGAAAAAGGAGAAGGUAAAGAACUGGAAGAAGUUAAAGUAAUACCAGAAGAAGAGUUGGAAGAUGAAGACGAUGAAGAACUAAACGAAUUGAAAAGGAAAAAGAAAAAGAUUCUCAAGGAAAGAAGAAAGUUGAAUGCCAGAAUGAAUCUGGGAAUGAUUCAAAACGAAAAUGAGCUUCACGAGGAAGAUGACAUGGAAUUAUUUACAUUGAGACAUUUGAAAAAUCGAUCUGAGCUUGAAAGAUUCCAGAAUGUUGAUCUCGAUAUUCUUGAUGAACAUUUACCCAAUACUGUUGAGUCGGAAGACGAGGAACCAUAUGAUCCAAAAUUGAAAAAAGUUUAUUUCGAUCGUCAUGCGAAAGAUGACUAUGAUUUUGAAGAUGUGAACAGAAAUCCAGACGAAAUUCUUAGUGAUGAAGAAGAGAACAAAUCAAACAUCGAUGAACUUGAAGAAAUCGAUACAAAUGUUGACCAAGAAGAAGAUGCUGAGGAUGAUGAAGAGACAGGAGGUGGACUUCUUGUUGAUCUCGAUGAUAGGCCAAAAAAUUUAAAAGAUCGGGUUUUCCUUGAAAGAGGUGUUUUCAAUGACGAUGAAUUUGACGAUGAAGAUGAUUUGGCAGCGAUGGCACUGAAUGCUUCACAACUGAGAAAAGAAAAGAAAGAGAAAAAGGCAUUGUUAAAAGAGAAAGAGAAAAAAGCAACGAAAAAAGACUUAACUAAAUCCAAAGAGUCUCGAAAAUCAUCUUCCGGUGGCUCAGCUUCCAAAAAAGUUCGAUUCGAUACUGAUGCCAAAGGUAAAACUGAUUUAGAUGACGACGAAAGUGACGAUGAUUUACUUGAUAAAGUGGAUAAAACGCCAACUCUUAGUGAAAGAUGUAAAUCUAAUGUUAGAUUAAAUCCAGAAGAAUUGGCUUUAGGAUCUGUUUUAAUUCAAUCAGCUAAAAUGAGAAGAGAGAUUACUGAUCAAGCUUGGAAUCGUUAUAUGCAUUCUGACCACGAGGCUCUUCCUUCUUGGUUCAAAAAAGACGAAGAUAUAUUUUUCUACAAACCAUUGCCAGUUCCUGCAUCUACAGUUCAUGAGUUUAAGAAAAAGUUGAAAGAAAUAAAUGCUAGACCAAUCAAGAAAGUAGCCGAAGCUAAUGCCAGAAAACGUAAACGAGCAACAAGGAAAUUGGAACGAGCUCGCAAAAAGGCCGAGGCAUUAACUGAUGCUUCAGAUAUGAGUGAACGAGAAAAGAUGGCAACCAUUAAAAACUUAUACAAAAAAGCUCUUAAAGGAGAAAAGAAAAAGGAAUUGCAAUAUGUUGUAGCGAAAAAGGGCAAAAUCAACAAAAGGCCUGCUGGAUUAAAAGGUCGUUAUAAAUUGGUGGAUGGGCGACUGAAAAAAGAUAAAGUAGCUAAAAAACGAGAACUCAAAAGUAAGGGCAAAGGUAAAGGUAGAAGCAAAGGUGCAUUCAAAAGUGGAUUUAAAAGUGGAGGAAAAACUGGUGGUAAAAGGAGUAAGACUAGUAAAUAAAGCAUUAAAAAAUUAAAACAUUCAUCACCAUGUAAAUCUUUGAGCUCCAACUCUUCUUGUAUCUAAAAGUCGUCAUUAACUAAUUUAAUUUUAGUCGACCUGCAAUCAAUUGUUAUAUUGUUUAUGGUUAAGUUGAUGUACAAACUAAAUUGACUAUUCUGAAUACAAAGUAAACAAAUUUACUUGAAUCUUAUCUCCUCAUUUAAUAAAGUACGUGAAUCAAAC